GUGACUAUUUCCUUAGCGCUGAAAAGUACUUUCAUUUUCUCUUACGCUUACUGACAACAAACGAUUCAACCGAUUGUAAUUCAUCGUCGUAAGUUAAAUUAAUUGAAAUAAUCCUUACAUAACUACUUUUACCUGAACAAAAAUAAAUAUAGCAAAUAAAUAAACAAUUUACUUAAAACUCCACACAAGUGUAAAUCCCAGUAACUUCUGUCUGGUGCCGACCUGGAUCACCCACCAGCCCACCAGAGCCAGAUGCUGAGAACACUCUUACUCUUAUACUGUAACCGUGAGUGUGAGAUGCAUCAAAUUUUAUAGAGACAUUAUUUGCUGACAAGGGAACCAGCUUAUUCUUCUAAAAAAAUCCUAGACACUUUUGGGCUAAAUCUGAGAACAGUGUCCAUGGUGGCGUUUCCAUGUUUACUCAAUAAUGACAUGUGCAGGAGUCUUUCCCCUUUGUUUAUUGAAUUGUUUAUUUUCAUUGGAUGAAGUUUCGGCAUGCCCAUGACGUCAUUAUAAGUCAUUUGCGUGUUUAUUAAAUAUUUGUGCUGGCAGUGAAGGAAUAUUUUAACAACCGGUUGGAACAAGAUUCCAUGUGAAUAAUUAACUAAGUUUAUAAGAAAAGUUAAAUUUUAUGCUUUUAUAAGUUUAAUUUUAUGUUUUUAAAAUUCAUAUUAAGAGUGUGGAAUUUUUAUAAUGUUACAAAUACUAAUGAAAAAUAGAGAAAUUAAUUUUCUUAUAGUGUACUUUAAAAUUAUGCGGAUAUAUUAAACGUUACGUCACUCUCUUCUUCUUAUUGUGCUCCGGGUGAGUGGCGGUAAGUUUGAAAUUUGUUAAUUUAUGCAACAACAAUUUGGUUAUUUUUAUAUAAAUUUGGGGUAAAUUUACGCAGAUGAUGGACGUUAAAUUUACCGCCCGUUUUUGGAAUCGUCUGGAAAGUCAGGGCGAAAAGAGUGUGAAGGAUUGGUUAUGGUUAAUGAAUGAUGGUCUUAUUGCAGACCGGUACGAAUGUCCCAAUUGUAAGAAGGGCAUGAAAUUGUGUGCAAAAUCGAGUGUUUCAGAUGGGUUUGCAUGGAGAUGUCGCGACAAAAGCCAUGGCAGUAUUAUUCGUAGUAUAAGGAAGGAUCGUGGUUUAGUGACAGUAAAUUGACAUUUAGUGACAUUCUAUUAUUGACACACUUUUGGGUGAAAAAACUGCCUUUGGCAAAUAUUGCGACAGAAGUGGGGGUUAAUCCAAGUACAGUAACCGACUGGGUGAGCUUUUGUCGCGACGUAUGUGCGGAAGCGUGUGUUUGGCGAGUGAGAGCUUAGGCGGAGUGGGUAAAACCCCCUCUGGUACCCCCCCCCCCCCCACCACUAGCACUAAAGCCGGCUUACCAUAAAGCUGCAUAUAAGAAUUUACCCACUGUGGCCCACGAAAACUAUGGAAAUGGGGAAUAAAAACAAGAAAAAAUGGCAAAAAAUAAUUAAUAAAUAAAGAAUUAAGCCAGAAUUAAUGAAAACACACCUCACAGUUUCAUGAAAUACACUUUUACACACUUUAUUUCAAGUUCCACGGAAUAUUAUAUAUCCAGUAAUAUCAAAAGUCGUUGCAACAACAAGACGACAAGUGACGUAACAUUUAAGCACUCAUUUAUAUAUUCGGAUAAUUUUAAAGUAACCUAUAAGACAAUUAAUUUCUCUAUUUUUCAUUACUAUUUGUAACAUUCUAAAAAUUCCACACUCUUAAUAUGAAUUUUAAAAACAUAAAAUUAAACAAAGUCCAUCAUCUGCGUAAAUUUACCCCACUAAUUUAUAUAAAAACCUGAAACUAAAAAUCAAAUAAAUAACAAAUUUUAAGAUUUUUUUUUUCUUUCUUGCUCUUUUUCAUAAAAAAAAAAGUUUGCAAUUUCUUUAAAUUUAACAUUUUUUCUUAAACGCAAUUUGAAAAAAAUUCUAUAUAUUUGCAUGUUUUCGGUUUUUUAAAAUAAAAUUUAACCAAAUUUUCUAGUAGAAUUGCUUAUUUUUUCAUCUUUCGGUAAGUAGUUGAUAAGACGCAUUCUCCCCAACCGUUCCCUUUUUCACAACACGUGUCUUUGCACUACUUGUUUUUUUUACUUGGCCGCCACCUUGGUUGACAUGGUCCAUGACCUUCUCACGGAUCAUGUCAACAAAGAUGGCGGCCAUGAUGGGAAACCCCGGGCAUCGUCCUCAAAAUUUACCCAUUUUUGUAAUUUGGUCCUGUUAAGUCUACACCAUUGUCACAUUGUGAUGAAUGGAUGCGAAACAAGUAUUGCAUGGAAUGGGAUUGCUUGUCUAUACUAUUUACGGUAAUCUACCACUUGAGCGUCGGCCAAAAAAAAAUCCAGCUGUUCCGGUUGGAAGGGCUAUUUAAACAACUAUUCUUAUAUUAUUUUAAAUGACAUUGGUUGUACGUAUUCAUUCCCAUAAUAAUAGACAAUUUUUUUAAAAUAGAAAAACUAUAACAAUUUUUUUUUAAAUAGAAGAUAAUGUGUGAAAAUGGAAUUAUGCAUAAUUCUCCCCCAAGUUGACAAUGAAGUUUUAAAAAAUAUAAUUUCCACGAAAACGGUUGUGGUACAUGAAUCCACGUAAAUAUCAAGGGGAAAGAUCACCGGCGCUUCUUGUGUCAAACUGUCUUUUCAGUUUACGCUUUUUGAGUAUUCACGUUUUCCACAUUCUGUUAGUUAGAUGACAUCAGCGUCGUCUGGAUAAAAAAUAAUAAUUGUAGUCUCUUUUUCUUCCUGGCAUAUCGGUAGCUUGCAGUAAUAAUUAUUUAAAUGUAUUAGUAUUGUGCUAUAUAACUUUAUAGCCUCUAUACGGAAGCAAAAAUAUUAACAGAAUCCAAUUUAAGAAUAGUUGUUAAAAUAGCCCUUCCAACCGGAACAACUGGAUGUUUUCUUGGCCGACGCUGAAGUGGUAGAUUACCCUAUUUACUAUAGUUAAUACCUUAUACUUAUACUAUACUUAUUCAGUGACAUCUAAAAUAUUAAAAAGAGAUGCAUCUAUUCCCUCAAAGAGCUGAUGGCUGCUGAUGACUGGUCUAAAGUAAUAAAAUAACACUUUAAUUUUCUCUUUUUCAAGGAUUACACUGAUGUGAGACACAACAAAUCUUUUGCAAAAGAUGUCGGACUCUGAUGAUGAUGAUAUUCCAGAGCUGGUGCCGGCUGAAAACAAGAAAGUACCUGUCACAAUUAUUACAGGAUUCUUAGGUUUUUAUUAAAUAUAGUUAUAGAUAUACAUAUAAUAUUUAUUAUAUAUUCACUUAUUAGUCUUAUUCACAUAUUUUAAAACAUUUAAUAUGUACUAUUAAAGUACUAGCCUAUACUAUUUGAUAAUCAAAUUUUGACUGUUGUCACAAUAUUAGCACUUUUAAAACUGAGGGGAUCUUCCAUAUUUGAUGUGCAUGUAGUAUCACUAUUAAAUCUGCAUUUUAAACUCAAAAAUGUCCCAAAACAAUUUUAUGAAAUUUAUGUCUGGGAAGAUAUUUUAGCAGCUUUAUCCCCGUAUAAUCAAAUUCAAAUAUCAUCAUCUCAAUGAUGAUCUUUUUAAUGGGUAGUUAAUAAUUAAAAAUUAUUGUUCCCAAAGUGUUAUGCUAUAAAAUUGUAAACUACUAAAAGUGUUGCUUAUUACUUUAUAAUCAUUACAGUUUCAUUGACCUAUCCAAGAGCAAGCAUUAUUUACCAUUUUUGCUGGCCUCGUGGAUAAAAAUACCUUGUAAUAUGCAUCCACAUUUUUUUUAAGGGGCAGGAAAGACAACACUUUUGAAUUACAUACUUACACAGCAGCAUGGCAAAAGAAUAGCAGUGAUUCUCAAUGAGUUUGGAGAGGGUAAGUCCUAGACAUUUUUAUAUUUUUCUAAACUUUUGCCAUUACGUUUUGUAUUGCAAUUAGCUUUAUUUAACUUAAAAUGAAGUUAUUUUUCAUUGUGUUAUGUUGUAUACACAAAUAUAAUGUACCAAACUCUAAAUUACUUUACUAAUGUAAUACACGAUAUUGAGAAACUUUUUUUUUUAUCAAUUCUUUUUAGCAUCUACAUAACUAUUCAAUUUUUUAUAAGUAUUUUCAUUGUCAUCAUUUUUCUAUAAAAUUGCUGAUCUAUCAAAGAAAUUCUUGUUAUAUUAAGAAAUUCUUAAUAAAAAGAACAAGAUGUCUGAUACACCUCUCUGGUCAAGAGUAUAAAACUUAAAUGUUAAUUUUUCUAUUUCCAGGAGACUCCAUAGAAAAAUCCAUGUCUGUUGGUGAAGGGGGUGAGCUCUUUGAAGAAUGGCUUGAACUAAGAAAUGGUUGUCUCUGCUGCUCAGUAAAGUAAGUCACUAUCUACAAAACACACAUUUAAUUAUUUAUUUUUUUAGCAUCAACAUUUAGAAAGAAAACUAUUUUAUAUACUGAAAAAACUUGUAAUUUGUUAACUUGAGGAGAAAUUUGUAUAAAAAUGACCAGUACGUUAUUUCAGACCCAAGAUUCUCUUGUUAUUCUUAUUUGAUCCUUAGAAUGACAUGUUCACGAUGGAUGAAAAUAACUAUUUCAAAGCAGUGUUGUAUCUUAAUCAUUAUACAACACAUAUUUUGAUCCUCUAUUAGGUGAAAAUUGAUGUUUGAGAAACAAAGUAACAAUUUUUAAUAUAUAAAUUUGAUUAUUUAAUACAACUUUUGCCAAAGAUAUUUUGAUUGUAUACUCACAUGGCUUGAUUACAUAUUUAUAAAAAAAAAAUAUUGAAACAGAUUAGAACUCGCUUUAUAAUACACCAUUUGCAUUAGUUAUAUUCAUGCAUUAUGAUUUUGCUCUUUAUCAGGGACAAUGGUGUAAAAGCCAUAGAAAACCUGAUGCAGAAGAAGGGAAAAUUUGACUACAUUCUGCUGGAGACCACAGGCCUUGCUGACCCUGGUCCAAUAGCCUCAAUUUUCUGGUUAGACGAAGAGCUCUGCAGUGAUGUAUAUUUAGAUGGUUUGUAAUUAUUGAUUUGUUUUUCAUGAGAUUUAAAUUGCCCUUUUACUUUUACUAUAUCUUAUGAUCCUGUAUUUUUUCUUAAUAAGCUGAAAUUUGGAGCUAAUAUAUAUAUCGGCAUCCUUCCGUCUCGUGAGACGAUGGUGCAUCACCGUUGGGUUGGGUUGCAUUUUCUCGAGUGGCUGUGCAGUCCUAUCCUUGAGUGACAGUCUUUACCACAGUUUUUACACACGAGUUCCGUGCUUCUAAAUGUUUUGGCCUUUCUCCUAGCUCUUCUGUCUGCAGCCUCUUCCAUUCUUCGCUCCUCGGCUACCAUGACGCCCUCUUUGACAACUGUGCGCCACGUAGAUCGGUCUUUUGCCUUACACUCCCAGUCACUUGUAUGUAUUUUGGCUGCUUUCAUGUCCCUUUGACAGACAUCUUUAAAUCGCAGACGUGGGCGACCUGUUUUCCUCUUUCCAGAAGCAAGUUCACCAUAUAGGAGGUCUUUCGGAAUGCGGCCGGGACUCAUUCUUUUAACAUGACCUAGCCAUCUCAGGCGUCUUUCACUAAGGAUUGUGAACAUGCUUUGGGUAUUCGCACGCAUUAGGACCUCACUAUUAGUCACUUUUUCUUGCCAUUUAAUACCAAGGAUGCGACGCAGGCAUCUCAUAUGGAAGCUAUUAAGCUUGCGCUCUUGGGAUGUAUAGGUGGUCCAUGUCUCGCUCCCGUAUAGUAGUGUACUGAUGACACAAGCUCGAUAGACGCACAGUUUGGUUUUCUCCGUUAGCUUGGUGUUUUGCCAGACCCGUUUAUUUAGUUUAGCCAUUGUGGCAGCUGCCUUGCCGAUUCUGCUGUUAAUUUCUUCUUCAAUGGACAGUGUAUUGGAGACCUUGGACCCCAAGUAGGUGAAGCUGUCCACAACCUCCAAGUUUUCAUUAUCGAUUUUUAUGUUAGGUGGAGGUCGAGUGUCUUGGGCCAUGAUGUUUGUCUUUUUCAAGCUGAUUUGCAGACCAAAUUCUUUGCAGGCAUUGGAGAAGCUUGACACGAGUUGUUGCAAACCAAUUUCUGUGUGUGCUGUUAGUGCCGCAUCAUCCGCAAAUAGUAGCUCGCGAAUUAGGACAUCUGUCGUUUUGGUCUUGGCUCGGAGGCGGGCAGUGUUGAAAAGUCCUCCAUCAGCUCUGGUGUGUAACCAGAUUCCCUCACUGCUAUCCUUGAAUGCGUAUCGAAGUAGUACAGAGAAGAAUAUUGCGAACAGUGUUGGUGCGAGUACACAACCUUGUUUAACUCUGCUGCUGACUGGAAAGGCUUCUGACUUGGCUCCAUCGAACUGCACUGUACCCUGCAUAUUUUCAUGGAACUCUCUGAUGAUGGCAAGUAGGUGAGGGGGACAGCCGAUUUUUGCCAGUAUUUUGAAUAGCCCGUUGCGACUGACGUAAUCAAAGGCUUUUGUAAGGUCCACAAAGGCAAUGUACAGUGGCAUCUGCUGCUCUCUGCAUUUUUCCUGAAGCUGUUGUAUGGAGAACACCAUGUCUAUGGUAGACUGCCCAGACCGGAAACCGCACUGAGAUUCUGGAUAGACACGGGAUGCUAGACUCUGUAAACGUGUUAGUAUGACACGGGCAAAGGCCUUUCCUACAAUGCUAAGGAGUGAAAUGCCACGAUAAUUAUUGCAAUCACUCCUAUCACCUUUGUUUUUAUAUAGUGUCACUAUAUUUGCAUCCUUUAGGUCUGGGGGGAUUUAGCCCUGUUCCCAGCAGAGGGACAGAAUCUGGUGCAAUGGUUGGAGUAAAGCUAUCUUACCACUCUUUAGAGCCUCUAGUGGUAUUCCAUCAUCCCCAGGCGCUUUUCCACAAGCUAGGCUAUCAAUAGCUUUGCUCAGCUCAUCCUGUGAGGGCACGACAUCAAGUUCUUCCAUGAGUGGCAUAUCUGGGAUGUCAUCUAGAGCGGUGCUGGAGACUGUGGUAACUGUUGAAUACAAUUCCAGAUAAUGCUCAACCCACCGUUUUAGCUGUGCUGCCUGGUCUUGGAUAAUUUCUCCACUUUUGGACUUUAGAGGAGCAACUUUGGACGUCAAGGGGCCAGUUGCCUUUUUGAUGUUUUCGUACAUUGCUUUUGCAUCGCCCAUAUCUGCAGCUGACUGUAUGCUGGAACAGAGGUUAAGCCAGUAGGUAUUGGCACAAUUACGUGCAACCUUUUGGGCAAGUGACUUGGCUGUUUUUAAGGCAUGCAACCUGUCGGGUGUAGGCUUUUCCUUGUAAGCCGUAAGAGCUUUCCUUUUGGCUUCAGUGACAGGUUUCAUCUCGUCCCAAUGUUCAUCAAACCAGUCCGUGUUUUUGUGAGAUUUUUUGCCAAAGGCCUGUAUUGCGGAUGUAUAGAUUGUGUCUCUGAGAUGCGUCCAUUUCGAGUCAAUGGUGACGCAUGGGGACAUCCUUGAGAUACCUUCCUUCACCUUGUCUGUGAACAGCUGCGUUAGCGCAGGGUCUUUCAUGCAGAAGGUAUUGAUACGUGGACAUCCCUUUUUCUUGGUGUGGUACGAGUUUUUCCUCAUUAUUCGUACCUUGCUGGCGACAAGGGAGUGAUCCGUGUCACAGUCGGCACUGUGAUAGCUGCGAGUGAGUAGGAUGCUAGCUAGUUGUGCACGCCUGGUGAUGAUGAGGUCCAGCUGGUGCCAUUGGCGGGAUCGAGGGUGUCUCCAAGAUACUUGAUGUAUAUCCUUGCACUUGAAGUAAGUGUUGGUCACACACAAGCCUCGUGAGCAGCACAAUUCCAGAAGCCUCUGUCCAUUUUCAUUAAUCUUUCCUCUUCCAAAGAGUCCAAGGCAUGUGGGCCAGGCUUCGUGGUCGCUCCCCACUCUAGCAUUGAAAUCUCCCAGGAGGUAGAUUGCCUCGUCUUUGUGGAUGCUGGCUAUUGCCUGGUCUAAAGCUCCAUAGAACUGGUCCUUCUCUUCCGGAGUUGAACAGAGAGUUGGGGCAUAUACACUAAGAAUGUUUGCUGGGCCCGCAGCUGUUCUGAGUCUUAGAGUGAGGAUCCUCUCCGUGCCUGAUGACGGGGGAUCAAUGAAUGGUGUAAGAGUGUUCUUAACAGCGAAACCUACACCAUGCUGUCUAGGUUCGUUUGUUGGUCUGCCUUGCCAGAAGAAAGUGUAAUUUGCCUCUUUGAGUGUACCGUUGUCUGGGAGCCUGGUCUCCUGAAGGCAAGCGAUGUCAAUCUUUAGCCUUUUAAGUUCUCUAUCGAUUAUUCCUGUCUUCCGUGUGUCGUUUAUUGACUGCGGGUCAUCAGUGAUGCCGGGACACAUAGUCCUCACGUUCCAGCUAGCGAUUCGAAGAGCUGGGGUCUUCUUUUUCUUUUUUGUGUUUCUUGGUGCAGGGCUUAGUGGCCCACUUGUUGAGUGGUACUCUAAUCUCCACGCACCCAGUGGAGAAGGCAGGCCAUGACGGGAUAUCACCUAUUUGACUGGGGGCUGCCCAGUUUGAGGCGGGCGUUAGCUGUCCAGUGAGACAUUGGUCUCUCCCAACGUCGGAAGCAGCCCCUGGCGCCUAGCUCUACGUCAAUUGAGCUUUUGGCUUAUAACCGGUAACUGCUGCUUCCCGUGUUUUGUCAACACCUUGCGGUGACGCUGGAGUGUCCUCUCCAGAGGUGAUGCAAGCCUGGGCGGGUAUUAUGGAGAAUUAGCUGCUGCCCAUACAGCAUAUCCACCCUCUCCACGUCAAUGGUGUAACCAAGGGAAUGACUUGUGUCGAUGCGGCUUGGCUGCCGUUGGCGUCGCAGGAGCUGCCGGUAUGUACAUAAGAGUCUUAUGUAUAGACCGCCUGUAGGUGCUCCAUUUCCUGAUUUUCUGUCGGGGUUUACUCCCUUAGCCUUUCCCGAAGGGCGGGUAUAGCCGCAAGGCAGCGGAGGAUUUUGAAGUCGGAGUUUCCUUCUCCUAGAUGAACUUACCAGCCAAGGUUUUAACGAGCAUCAUCUACCCGUAGGGGUGCCAGCACCAGGAUUCGAACCCGUGACUGAUUGAAGUUUAUUUUGAAGUCUUGGUACCGCAGCGCACUAUCACUUUGACCACUGCGCCCCCCAAUAUAUAUAUGACUGUGUCUAAUUUGAAGAUGUGUAAAAAUUGAACUUAACGGUGGUACUCAAUUCAGAUUUAACAUCCUAUUGUCACUUAAAUCUUUAAAAAGCUAUGGAAAGUCUUUGUAUUGGAUUAAUACAUUGAGGACAAUGCACUUCAGCUAUUUGAAGUAAUUCGCAAAUAACAGGGUUUUCUAAAAAUGAUACUUGGUAAAUGGAAGUGUUAAUAUCUAUAGUUUAAUAACAUUAUUUAAAACUAUUAAGUUAAUUGUAGUUAAUUUGGAUGGCUUUCCAAAAAAAUGUUGCUGAUGGCAAUGUUUAUUAUAACAUUUGAAUAAUUCAAGAGCUGAGAUAAAAAAUUUUAAUUUUUUUUACUUCAGGUAUUGUUGUGAUGGUGGAUGCCAAGUUUUGUAAGCAGGUAAUCUUGAUGGUCUGUUGCAAAUCAUUUAGGAAUAAUAAUUCAUUCAAUAUAAAAAGGAAUAAUAAUUCAUUCAAUAUAAAAAGGAAUAAUAAUUCAUUCAAUAUAAAAAGGAAUAAUAAUUCAUUCAAUAUGAAUAGGAAUAAUAAUUCAUUCAAUAUAAAAAGGAAUAAUAAUUCAUUCAAUAUGAAUAGGAAUAAUAAUUCAUUCAAUAUAAAAAGGAAUAAUAAUUCAUUCAAUUUUUUAUAUAUUUUUUUUACAUAAUUUCAAUCUUGAUGAAUAUAAGUUUGAUUCCUAUAGUGAUAUUACGGAUGAUGUUGUUGAAGGGAUUAUUUGCAAUUGAAAUUAGAAAGUUGCCUUAUCUUGUGUACGUCUUUCUUUCAUUUUUUUUCUUUUUUUUUGUUUCUUUUUUUUUUUGUUGCUUAAUGCUUAGCCUAGGCUUUAUUGUUACACCAGCAUCUGAAAGAAAGGAAAGCAAUAAUGAUUUAAUCAGCACAGGCGUUUCUUGAUUCAUAAGCAUUGUAAUUCCGAACAAACAUUGUCUAAGCAUUUUUCUUGAACCUUAUUUUACAUUCUUUCCAUAUCAGAACAAUGAGCUGUACAAAAUCAAUAUUUAAGACCAUGGUUUUCCAGCGUAAAAUGACAGCUAGCAUAUAGGAUAGCAUCAUACACGUGAAACAGUGCACACAUAUUGAUGUGUAACAAACAAGAAUGUAUAACAAACAACCUCUAGGAAAUGGAACCAGUUUGUAAAUCAAGAACUGCCUAUACAAUCAAUUUGUGUUAUGGCAGUAAUUGAAUGAAGAUCUUUAUUUUUGUGAAGGAUAAUAUAUGAUGGACUGUGAUCAAGUCGUGUGAAGGAAAUAGUGGAGCAAGAUAUUCAACUAAUUAAUCUGUCUUUUCAUGCCAAGUCUAAACUUACUUUGUUCCACUAAUUUUUGGUAAUGAAGUUGAAUUAAUCACAUCCUGUUAUGAUGUUUCAGCAUUUGCAAGAAGAGAAACCAGAUGGAUCAGUGAAUGAUUCCCAGAGGUAUGAUUGCUUAGACUGACACAUUUGAAAUUAAAUUGGUAUUACAGUCUAAGAUGACAGACUGGGCUACAUCAAAUUCUCUAAAUAAUACAUUGUGUUUUUUUCUUAAUAUUGAAAUGAAGAGUUUCAGGUUGGUGGCCAAAUUUUGAAAUAUGGUCCUUUGUAGUUAACUUUAAAGAUUUAGCUUUUACGUAUUAUGUUAACAUUUUUGUUUUGAAAUUUUACAUAUUUAAAAAAUCAGUUAAAUAUAAUAUCAUUGAUUGUUGAAAAUUUGUUCUUGUUCAUACUCGCAGGCAAAUAGCUCUAGCAGAUAUAAUUAUUGUUAACAAAACUGAUCUUGUUGACGUGGAGGAUUUGAAUGACUUAACACAAACAAUAAGGUAAUAUCAGCUGCUUGUUCAUCCAAUGACCACAAAACAUAUGAGAAAACCCUGUAAUACAUUCCCCUUUUCUGUGCAGACUUUUAUUGUAAUUUCAAAUUUAUUUUUAACUUUUUCUUCACUUUUUACAUGAUUAAUAUUUCAGAUCUAUCAAUGGAUUUGCCAGAUUGUUUGAGACUUCACAAGCCAGGUAUUUACUUGACACUUAUGUUCAUAGUAUGAAGUAACGUAUGAGUCGUUACUCAGAUUCCAAGUUUUCCAGUUACAGUGUAGACAAAUAACCCAUGCCACAAAAUACAGUUUAACACCUGAAAGUUCUGAGACUGCACUGGCUUUGGCCAUACUGUUCAAACAAUACAAUUUUGAACUUUAAAGUCACUCAUUUUCAAAGCUCUUGGUGUAGUGCUCUUAGUCCAUAUGCACAUGUUGCACUAAACUUUUGUCUACUCUGUCCUUGGUGAAAAAUUAAAAAAAAGGGGAUACUUGCAUCAAGUUAUUUCUAAACCCAUGAAUGUCGCAAAAUGCUCCUUUCCUUAAGUUAAUCAGUGGCAUUUUUUAAGGCUGGUUGAGUGUAAGCUUAAGACGACAAAUUUUCAAAUCAGUCACUCAGUCACCAGCACCAAAGCAUUUUAAGACCUUGAUGACCUCAUACAUGGAGCACCUUCAACCAACAAUUUGACCUUAAGCUUCAGUCUAGAAAAGAGAUCCUCAUUGGGAACAACCUAGAAUUGAUCUAGGAUUAUUACUUGGUUGAUUGAAAGUUGGGUUCUCAAUAAUGAUCUCCUACCGUACACAUAUGAUGUACCCGAGAUCUGUGACUUUUGCUUUAGGCACAAUUUUGGAGUCUAUAAAAGAGAUCCUCAUUGAGACCAACCCAGAAUUGAUCUAGGAUCAUUGCUUGGUCUGGGGUGAAACCUGAGUUUGCAAUGAUGAUCCACUAACAAUCUGAUUGCUUUUAAAGCUUUGCUACUUUAACACCUUCACUGAAAUCCAAACAGAAUUGCAAAGGAGUAUUGAAUAUCAUCAAAGAAAAUGAAUUACAUGGCUCAAGGAUUGCUGUAAAUUUUUACUAAUUGAACUAUUUUCAAGAACAUAGCAGUAAAAUUUGAAUAAAAUAAGCAUGUAGUUGUUUAUAACAUUUUUUCUCAAAACUAUCAAAUGAAUUUUUUUUUUUUUUUUUUUCCAGGAUAAUGAAAAAGUCUUUUUUUCUUGUUCAGAAGUAGUGGAGUCUAUAUAAAAAGAGUUUUGGACAGUAGAUCUAUAGAAUUUCUUUGGCACUUGAUUGGGUAAUUUGAAUAAAAUAAGCAUGUAGUUGUUUAUAACAUUUUUUCUCAAAACUAUCAAAUGAAUUUUUUUUUUUUUUUUUAUCCAGGAUAAUGAAAAAGUCUUUUUUUCUUGUUCAGAAGUAGUGGAGUCUAUAUAAAAAGAGUCUUGGACAGUAGAUCUAUAGAAUAUCUGUGGCACUUGAUUGGGAUAUGGUUGUGUUAAUUUUUUAUUGUUUUUUAACAACAUUACUAUAGACAUGUUGUUUUCUUUAAUUUCUUUGUUCUAGGAUGGCUUUAGAGAAUAUUCUCAACAUAAAUGCAUAUGGGCUGUCAGGUGAUGUGAAGUAAGUAUUUCAUGAAUAACACUGGCAUGAUCAAUGAAAUCCAGUUGUUUUUUUGUUCAGGACUAUCGGGAGCAAGAACACAUUUUUCUACCAAAAUUCAACUCCCCAGCUUAGUUUUGUUUCAUUUUUCUCUAAAUUUAUGACGUUUUUAACAAGUUUUUACAUCAUUUGAGUUAUGUGCAAGGGAGAGCAUCAUUUACUGAUAGCUAAUUCAAAGUUUUUGUUCAUUAUGUUGCAUUUUUUUUUUUAAAUGUUGAGUAACUCAAGCCAACAUGCCUGUGUCUGUAUAACAUUUGAUUAUAUUUCUUUUCGAUGUAACAAAAUGCAUGGUUUUUUAUUUGUUUUUUUACCAUCUGCAACUGUUCACCCUGUUGUUGUUAAUGCAGGGAUUACGGUUAGCUAAGUCAAAAAUAACAGUCACUGCCACGUCAAGACAUUAUCAAAGUAGUCAAAUAAAUUACAGAGUCAUUUGAUAAUUAAAUUGGCACUUUAAUACGACUUAUACACAUGAUAAAUAAAUAACUUUCACCUAUAGUACAGGAUAUCCUUAAAUAUAUAUAUGGUAUAUUCACCUCUGUAUGAAAUAAAUAUCUUUCUACCAUCCUCACAAUUAUUACACACUCUACUAUGGCACAGAAUCAUAAAACGACCUCUUCGAACAUGGCGCUGCCUAAACUUGUCCGUUAUAUAUCUACAAUAAUGUGUUGCAAUCGAUUUCACCAAACAUUAAAUUAGCACACGCAAAGUUUAAACUGAUUGCUAUUUUUAAUCUUAUGUAUUAAAUUAAUCAAAGCUUACAAAAAAAUAAUUUUUUUUGUGUUUAGGCUGGAAGAUAUUUUCACACUAAGAGGGUUUUCUCCACAAGAUAAGCACAGCAUUGACAAGGUAAUACUGUGUUUUUAUUGUUAAUGACAUCUCCAUUACAAGUACACAUUAUCUUUAUUCAAUUUACGCUUUACUUCUAUUUCUUAGAUUUUAUCUAUUUUUAUAUUAUAGAUCAAACCAGUGUUAAUAUGACAAAGAACAUAACCUGUUUUUAUAAAUAAUAAAUGCAAAGUAAUGUUGCAGAUAUUCUUUAUAAUUCUAUUUCAAUGAUGUGUUGAAACAUUUUUAAAAAAUGCAUGCUCUGUCAAAUAGUUAAAAUAAAGUAAAGUAUAUUAGCUAAUUAAAACCAGUCUAAUAUAGCUUGAAAGAGUUAAUAGUCAUUGUUUAAACACGUGGACCCAGCCAAGGCCUCGGGACCAGACAAAUUAAGUGGUCGGCUCAUUAAACUGUGCUCAGAGCAGCUCUCCUACAUUUUUUGUUACACAUUUAAUAAAUCUUAUGUAACUCACACCAUACCAACAAUUUGGAAAACUUCAGAAAUCAUACCAAUUCCAAAGAAAAAUGAGGUAACUUGCAACAAUGACUUACGACCCCUUGCACUUACCCUCCAUUGUAGUGAAAUGUUUUGAGUAAAUCAUUCUGAAAAAUUUUGAAUGAAGUACAGCAAAAACUUGACCUCCUCCAAUUUGCUUACAAACCUGCCAGAAGUAUGGAGGAUGCAAUCUUACUGUCGUCGGAGAGACUUUACCAUUAUAUACCAAUGAUAUUCAAAGCUCAAUUGAUACCGUUCCAAUCUUAAAAUUUGCUGAUGAUACCACCAUCGUUGGCUUAAUAUCUGAAGGAGAAGGUCUAUAUGGCAACUAAGUUACAAGCUUUAUCAAUUGGUGGGAUGAAAAUUUUCUCCAGCUGAAUGUCUCAAAAACAAAGGAAAUGGUUGUUGAUUUCAGGAGGGGAAUCACCAGAUUACAGAUCUCAACAUAAAAAAUCAAAGUGUAGAGAAAGUGGUGGCAUACAAGUACUUAGGUGUCACCAUUAAUAAUAAGCUAACAUGGCAUGAGCACAGCUAAAUGAUGUAUAAGAAAUUCAACCAAAGACUGUUCUACCUCAAAAAACUGCACAAUUUUGGCAUACACAAACAAGUCGUUAACUUAUUCUACAGUGCAACUGUUGGAAGCCUACUUAAUUUCAGUAUUACCUGCUGGUGUGGGAAUUCAACGUCUGAUAUUAAAUGCUGCAUAAACGGACUCAUCAAGAAAGCUAGGAACUUAACACAACCUAAACAUCCUUUACUUGAAGAACUAUUUGAAGAAAGAUGUUUUUGUAAAACUAAUCACAUUUUGGAUGAUACAUCCCACCCUCUUCAUCACGGAUACUUAGGAUCAGGCCAUUCGAGAUUAAUUCUUUCCAUCAGGGCGAGGCUUGAAAGAGAUAAAAAUACUUUUGUUCCACAAUCUGGAAUUCACCAGCAUGCUCCCCCGGAAGUCACACAUCUUAAUGAGAACUAAUAAGUCCCCGAUUUGGCUCACUGAAUGGCUAUUUGAAAUAAUUUAUUAUAAAUGUCUUGUGUUCACAUCGUUUUAUUUAUGUGCUGAAAAUGUAUAAUGCAAUCAUAAAACAUUUCUGAUUGUUUGGAUCAAAAAAAUAAUCUUAUCUUAUCUUAAAUUGUUUUGAAGACAAAUAUUAUAAAGAAGAAUAAACGUUCUAUUUCCCUAAAGUUAUAAAUUUUUUGCCUAAAAGUAAAAUCUUUUGAUUUUUUCCCCUUUUUCCUUUGUUCAUUAUGUAUCAUUGUUAAAUGAUAAAAAAAUAUGGAAGCAAAAAAAAAAAAGAACAACAGUUUUUUAAAAUAGUUUUUAAAAGAAAAUUGUUAAGAAAUAAUGUGAUCACAUUUUAUAUUGUACAGGGUGUUCAUACAAUGACAAUACAGAUACAUGGAAACAUUAAAAAGUCAGACUUAGAAAACUUUCUUCAGGCCUUACUGUGGGAGAAGUCUGUGAAAAAUUAUGAAGGCCAUACACUUGAUGUGCUCAGAUUAAAGGUAAAUCUUUGCUCAUGGACUAUUGUUAUUAAAGAAGAAGAAUUAGCACAAGAAUUAGAACUUUUAAAGUACGUUAUGUUUCAUAAUUUUCUGUCUCAUUCCCCAACAGGGUGGCAUCUCUUUGAAGGACGGCUAUGUGAUAAUUUCUUAUUCCCCAACAGGUUGUGAUCUCUUUGUAAGAAUUUGAUAUGCAGUGGUGUAGUUAGGCCUAGGGCUGCCUGGGUUAGGAGAAAAUUUUUACCACCCCCUUCCAUGAAAAAACUCUGCAGUUGGCGGACAAUGCCAGCCUUUCCAUAAAAAGAUUAAUGUUGCCACCGGGGGGCUGACCCCUUCCCCACUUCGCACCCAACUUCCCACACCAACAGUGGUAUUGGAUAAUUUUUCAUUCACCAACAGGGUGUAAUCUCCUUAGAAGACUGUGACACACGGUUGGUUGUUCAGGCUGUGCAUGAACUUUAUGACUACCACUACACGACACCCUGGGAAAAUAAUGAAGCCCGUCACAACACUAUAGUUUUCAUUGGUAAGUACUGUAAGAUAUUGUAAGUUGUCUCUCUUAAAAUGCGCCCCCCACCCCACUUUUUUCAUCAAAAAACUAUCAACUUCACUUCAUAUUUUAAAUUCAAAAUAUUUGCCAUAACUAAUAAUUUUGAAGUUGUACUUUUAUGUAAAAAAUUUUAAAUAUUUUUCCAAGCUUUGUAAAUUCCAGUAAUAAAUUUGAUGAGGUAUUGGAAUAGAUUAAUGGCAAAAUGCAGCUUUCUUGUCUUGGGUCCAUUUUGUUUUGAAAUGAAUUAUGUCAUAUAAGAUAAAUCACUUUUUACAGUCAUUUUUAAAGUUCUGUUUAUUUGACUGAGAAAACGUCUUUAUUUCUUAGUAAAGAGUUCAUAAUUUUUAAAAAUAAAUACCGGUAACAUUUUUUAAAAAAUGAACUGUUAUUGUAUUGUUUUAAAUCUUUUAACUUUCAUUCCUUUACAAUUGUAGUUUUUCCAAGACUAAUUUUUUAGCCAUUUAUCCAUACUUUUCUUUUGCAGGACGAAAUUUGGACAGAGAAAGUUUGGGGAUUUCCAUAUCUCAAUACCUACACCAAAAAGUGAUAUAGAGUUUUAAUAUGUUCCAUCGCUUCAAGUGUUGCGUCAAACUUGGUCUUGUCACCUAAACCUACUGACCAAAACACAGGCUUGAACAACCCCUGCAGGAUUUAAAUAUUACAGAGAAAAUAAAUAGGUCUAGCGCUACAGUGGAUCAAGUGCUCUGCAGUGGAUCAAGCGCUCUACAGUGGAUCAAAUACAUCAGUGUUUUAAAUUUUGGUUGGACUGAAUAGAAAUGGUGCUGUGUUCAAAGAGUUCUCAAACAAAUCAAUGGUCAUUAAGGAAGGAAUUCCUGGUCACAGGCUUUUUGCAGCAGGUCUAACUUAAAGAUAACUUAUAUUUCUUCUUAUUACAUUCAUUAUUUGUAUUGAAAAAUGUUUUUUUUAUUUUUUCAAUUGCUUGUUUGUGAUUGAUAAAAUAAAUUGUCGCCACGACACAAAAGAAAUGUUUCAGACGGUCCACAUUUGAAUCAAACCUUGUCGAGUUCAUCAAUAAAGUGGUUACCUUUAAACGACUUGGCCUCUUUAAACAAAUUAUUUUUAAUAUCCUUUUCAUGUAGGUUAAAAUAGAAAGAGACAUUAGUGAUUUGCGAACUUCUGCCGAGAAUGUAAGUUGGUGCU